UUGUCUAUUAGUAAGAAGAAUGUCUUUAUGUUGCAAUUUAUUGAAAAAUACAAAUAUUUUGAAAUGUCACAGACUAAAGUGUAACUCUGAUCGCUAUAAGUUUGAUGUAAGCUCAAAUUUGAAAAGGAAAAAAGUCAAAAUGUUAAAUGAACGAAAAUUUAAAGUCAGAAAAGUUGAUUCCCUUGAUAUAAAAAUUUCAAAGGAGAAAGAGCAACCAUUUUCAUCUACUGUCAAUGAAGAUGAAAUUAGAUCUGAUGUCUAUUUGGAAUCACGCUUAAAUAGAUAUGGACAAUAUGAUGGAUUUCAUGGCGAAAGAGAGUUUACUCUAGUAGCCAAUACUGAUAUUGUUAUAAAUACAGCCUCGGAGUUGAUGGAAAAUAGUUCAGGCAAAAGUGAAUUGGAGGUAUUUAAUGGUGAUAGUCAAACUGAUUGGACUUUGAAUGAUGGAAAUGGACAUGAAAAUGAGCAAGGUUGUUUCGAUAGUAGUCUGAUGACAGACUUGGAUAGUUACAUAGGUUACGAUGGAUUUCAUGGCGAAAGAGAGUUUACUUUAGUAACCAAUACCGAAACUAUUAUAGAUACAGCUUCGGGUUUGGUAGAAAAUAGUUUCGAUAACAUGACACAUAAUUAUAUUAAUGAUGAUAAUCAAGGUGAAUUGACUUUGAAUGUUGGAAAUGGACUUAAAAACGAGUCGAGUAAUUUUGAUACUAGUCCGAGAACUAACUUGGAUAGUAACGAUGGUUAUGAUGGUAUUUACGGCGAAAGAGAGUAUAAUUUAGUAGCCAAAACCGAAAAUGUUAUGGCUGGAAACGCGGAGUCAAUAGAAAAUAGUUCCGACAAUGAUGAACUGGAUGAUAGCGAUGAUGAGGAUCAAGAACAAUCGGCAUUGAAUAUUGUACAAAGUCAGAAGAACGUACUAGAAGAUUUUUAUACAAUUUUGAGGUCAAAUUUGGAUGGUUAUGAUGUUUAUGAGAGUUUCUAUAACGAAAAAUUUUCGCUUGUAGUAUUUAACGGAAAUAAUUUUAUUUUUAUUGUUUUUUAUUUUGAAUCAGUCAUUAUUUUUGGAUUGGUUGUAUCUUUAUUUUGAAAUAAUAAUUUAUUUGAUUUUUGUAUGAAAUAAAAUUUUCAUACACUACUUGUUUCAUGUUCUUUUUUAAAUUUAUUUUUUUGUAGAGUUUAUAAAAAAUUCAAUUAUAUUAAG